AUUCACUCAGAGAUAGAUCUCCUCGUCAUGAUGACUGUAAGCGGAAAGCCUAAUAGUGCAGCAGUUCCGUGGCAGAGAGACUCGGUUUCUGCGAGUGUCUUUGGUGGGGUAUGGAUACUUCUCCCCAUUUCUUUCAUCUACCAGUCUGACGUUUACCAGUGCGGUGACUGCAUCAUACCUUAUUGUGCCACCAGAGGAAGAGACGCCACUUGGACUAGCUACCUCUAGAAGCAGUACCUGGAGAUAGAAGCAUAUCACCUUCCCACUAUC